GCGCGGCAGGCGGAGCGCCAGGCCGGCCAUGGCCACCACCAGCACCACGGGCUCCACCCUGCUGCAGCCCCUCAGCAACGCCGUGCAGCUGCCCAUCGACCAGGUCAACUUUGUCGUGUGCCAGCUCUUCGCCUUGCUAGCAGCCGUUUGGUUUCGAACUUACCUCCAUUCAAGCAAAACUAGCUGUUUUAUAAGACAUGUCGUUGCUACCCUUUUGGGCCUUUAUCUUGCACUUUUUUGCUUUGGAUGGUAUGCCUUACAUUUUCUCGUACAAAGUGGAAUUUCCUACUGUAUCAUGAUCAUCAUAGGAGUGGAGAACAUGCACAAAUAUUGUUUUGUGUUUGCUUUGGGAUACCUCACAGUGUGCCAAAUUACUAGAGUCUAUAUCUUUGAUUAUGGACAAUAUUCUGCUGAUUUUUCAGGCCCAAUGAUGAUAAUUACCCAGAAGAUCACUAGUUUGGCUUAUGAAAUUCAUGAUGGGAUGUUUCGAAAGGAUGAAGAACUGACUGCAUCACAGAGAGGUCUGGCUGUAAGACGCAUGCCAAGCCUCCUGGAGUACUUAAGUUACAACUGUAACUUCAUGGGCAUCCUGGCAGGCCCACUCUGCUCCUACAAAGACUACAUUACUUUCAUCGAAGGCAGAUCGUACCACAUGACACGGUCAGGCGAAAACGGAAAAGAAGAAAUGCAGAACCAGAGAGCAGAGCCAUCUCCAAAUGUUGCAGUUAUUCAGAAGCUCUUAGUCUGUGGACUUUCCUUACUAUUUCACUUGACCAUCUCUAACACCUUACCUGUGGAGUAUAACAUCGAUGAGAAUUUUCAAGCUACCGCUUCAUGGCCAACAAAAGUCAUCUAUCUUUACGUCUCUCUUCUGGCUGCCCGACCCAAAUACUAUUUUGCGUGGACAUUAGCGGAUGCUAUUAAUAAUGCUGCGGGCUUUGGUUUCAGAGGAUAUGAUGAAAAUGGAACGGCUCGUUGGGACUUAAUUUCCAACUUGAGAAUUCAGCAAAUAGAGAUGUCAACAAGUUUCAAGAUGUUUCUUGAUAAUUGGAAUAUUCAGACAGCUCUUUGGCUCAAAAGGGUGUGUUAUGAACGAGCCUCCUUGAGUCCAACCAUCCAGACGUUCGUUCUGUCCGCCAUCUGGCACGGGGUUUACCCGGGGUAUUACCUGACGUUUCUCACGGGAGUGGUGAUGACACUGGCAGCACGAGCCAUGAGAAAUAACUUUAGACAUUAUUUCAUCAAACCUCCCCAGCUUAAAUUAUUGUAUGAUGUUAUAACGUGGAUAGUGACUCAAAUAGCAAUAAGUUACACAGUUGUGCCAUUUGUACUUCUGUCUGUAAAACCGUCAUUCAUGUUUUACAGCUCCUGGUAUUACGGCCUGCACAUUGCUGGUAUCUUAGUAUUAUUGUUGUUGCCGGUGAAAAAAACUCAAAGAGGAAAGAAUACACAGGAAAAUGUUCAGCUGGCACGAUCCAAAAAGUUUGAUGAAAGAGAAAAUUCCUUGGGACAGAAUAGUUUUUCCACAACAAACAAUGUUUGCAAUCAGAAUCAAGAAAUAGCCUCUAGACAUUCAUCAUUAAAACAGUGAAGGGGAAAAUAUGCUGACGGCUAUUUUUUCUAUGUUAACAGAAACCACUCUUAGCACCUUUCAAGGGAUUUGUGUUUGUUUGAAAAGAGAUUAAGUGGGGGGACAUCUGACAGAUCUAGGUAGGGAAUUUCCUGUAUAGCAGAUUGGAAACGGAGUGAAUAACCCCUCCCAGGCCAUGUCCCUGUGGGCCACGCCUUAUAUAAAAAUAUUUCCAUUAUUUCAAUGGGCACUCAGGACCUCAGCAUAUGUCCACACGGUCAUAUGCGUGCCCUGUUGCUGAAUGUAUGUUGCGUAUCCCAAGGCACCGAAGAGGUGGACAGGUAAUUGUGUCAAUCUGGAUGAUUGAGAGAAAUUAACUUUUCCAAAUGAAUGUCUUGCCUUAAACCCUCUAUUUCCUGAAAUAUCGUUCCUAAAUGGUAUUUUCAAGUGUAAUAUUGUGAGAACACUAUUUCAAUAUUUGAUGUUAUAUGCUGUAAAGGAAUUCUGGAGGAAUUUUGAAACAGGAUAUUUAAGAUGUGGAUACUUUAAAAACGCAAUAAACAUCUCAGUAUUGGAAGGGUUUUCUUAGAGUAUCUCAGAUGACUACAGUACGUAGCGAAGCCGCAAACAGGACCGGAUGCCAAAUUAUACGUAGCUUAUUUUCCUGGAGAAUUUAAUUACUUUGUGUCAGUCAGAGCCCAUCAAGGAAGAAUUUCUUCAACACAAUUAAAGGUGGGUAAUGGGAUAUUUUAAGUUUAUUUUCUUAAAAAAAAAAAAAAGCAAGAGAAGAUGACAAGGGAAGGAAGGAAGGCAUGAAUGAAGGAGGCCCCACGAGGACUGGCGUAGAGCCUGCUGGGAUGGGGCACAGGUGCACAGUGUAGGUACCACGUGCUCCGCAGACGUGCUUUUCACCUUUACUUAUCUGAGUUCUUUGUGAUUAUGUAAGACAUCAAAAUGUAAUAACUUUUUAAUGUGGUGGACUUUGAAAUGAAAUUUAUCAAGCAUAAAUUAUAUAGGAUUGUUAGAGGGAUCAUGAAACAAUAGUGGUGGAUUGUGUGAGGGCUAUGGAAGAGAAAUCACUGAGUAAGGUGACUGUCUAGUCACUUUCUUAUCCUUAACAGCUUACUUCCUAUUUGGGAAAGUUCUGGGGGGAGAUGAAAGCUUAAAGUCGUGGGGUCUGGCCCACAUUUUUAGAAAAUAAAAUAAAUCAGUUUCCAGACUCUUAAAUCCUUACAUUAAAAUGUUGUCUUCACUCUUUUUAAUGAGUUUUAGGUUCUGUAAGUAGAAGAGUAUGCUUUUAUCUUACAGGCCAUUUUCCCCAUAAUUGAUCUCACCUUGAAUUACUAGAUGUCUCCUUUAAUGCCACAGUCUGGUGACGGGCGUGGUAAGCUGAAAGCAGAGGAGGGGACUGCGAGGCCAUCCUGGAGUGUAGGGCUUCGGCCGCAGAUAGUGAAUCACGGGAUCAUGGGGUUUGAGAGAAGAGCGGGGGACACGGCCUUCUGACUUCACCUUUAUUUGACCAAUCUUUGAUUUGACUUCACCUUUAUUUGACCAGUUCAUUUCCUUCCUGCCUUACAUUUUUAAUGCAAUGCAAAUUGGUUAGGUGUGGUGUGUCUUUUAUUUUUGUCGUUAGUAAGUUUGUAAGUGAAGUUAAAGCAGAACACCUGUCUGGCUUGAGCUGCGCAGCAUUUCAUUUAAAGAGAAACAGCAAGCGUCCUUGGAACUGGUGAGGUCUCAGUCAGCAAAAACAUCAGCGUAUCUUUUUGGAACUUUAGAAACAUCCUGGUCUUUGUUUAUAGCAAAUGUGGUUAUUUUUCUAAAGGUAAAAUUUUUCCACCUGCUGAGGUCAGCCAUACCCUGCUACUUACUUCCCAGGAAAGGACAGAUAGCUAAAUAAAUUUUCUCUGUUUUCCCAUGCAUUGAAAUUAAGCUAGCUGUGUAACGUGAGACGAUGGAAAAGAAUAAUCAUGGAAAAUAUCUGCCCCCGAAAGGUCUCCUUAGUUUAAUUACUGCUGCAGAGAAUCUGAUCACUAUUUUUCAAAAGUAAACAAAUUCAGGGUUUAAAGGACGAGUCUAGGCAUGUCAUAAAUGAAAAUAAGAAAGCUUAAUAAAACUUUUUUUCAGCCCACCUCUAGCCAUUAAUAAAUAAUAACUUUAUUUUUAUCACCUAUGUCAUUUCUCUGCCUGUAAACCUAAAAUCAUUGUUACCUGUUUUCUUGUUCAAUGAAUGUCCUCAUGGUGUUGCCAUCCAGGAAGCAAGAUGAUUGAAUAAUUUUCCAAUUACUUUGAAGAUGAUACAUUAUCUAUACAGAUUGACUGAUUUUCAUCCGUUUGGAUCAACUAGUUUUUUGGGUUUUGUAUGAAAUGGUUUUAGGAUAGCUUUUCUCUAAUUUUGUAGAAAUUCUCAUAAGUAUGUAAUCUAGAAAAACUAAAGAAAUCUAAUUCUCGACUUUUCUUCUCAAGAAGAAACACUUUGUGCUGUGUGAAAUGACUGUAUCUACUUGGAGUGUUGUAAGGAUUAAUACUUCUACUUGAAGUGGAAACUGGUAUAUCUCUACUACUGUUAAGUAUAAAGGGAUUCAUUGUACUAUGUGCUUGCUUCUUUUUUAAUCAACACAGUAAGAUUCAGUCCAUAUUUACAUUAUUUCUCCACUCUUCAGUUGUCAUGAAACUACUCCAGAGAUGAUCGGUGAACAUCAUUAUUAUACUACUCAGGGAAAAAAAAAAAAAAAAAAAGGGAACAAAAACAUUAUUCUUCCCUCAAUUUCAUUUUCUUGAAACAGUAACAGUUAAUUUGAUGUAUCUCAGUGAUCACCAUUUUACAAGUAGUUUAAUCUCAGUUUUAAAAAUGAGCAUUUUUAUUGGAACUCAGGGUAAUUGGAGAAAUGUAUGCAGCUUCUAAAACAUCCAGCAUAGUGGAGAAGGUUUCUUUGGCUUCAACAAUGUCCAGCCACCACUUUCGCCACCACCAUACUUUUGGUUAAGAAGUAUUUUUGUUAUUGACCCCUGCCGUGUGUGACAGGCAUAUGCAGGAUUUCCACAGAUGACAGUUUUCAGGAAACUUUGUAGUACAAAGAGUGGUUCUCUUUUAAAGAGUGAAGGUAACGCACAUGGAAACACUGAUUGUCCUGGGAGAUCUGAAUGUUCAUCUGGCUCUGUUAUUAAGGAACCUUAGGAUCUGGGCAAGUUGCCUGUCCUCUGGGUCAGAGUUUCUUAAUAAGAAAGUAAAGGAUCAGUUCUAAAAGUUUAGGACCAGUCGAUUUGUAAUGAAUGGAAGCCAUUAGCAAGAUGUGUAGGAGUCCCGGACAAAGGCAGAUUCACAAUCAGAACUAUUGUCAUGGUCAUUUACUUUUAUUACUUGAGCAGCUCCAAGCCCAGACUUUUCAAAAGGUUUUCUUGGCAACCGAGGAAAAUCUUUCAAUCCCUUAAAUCAGAAGGCGUGGCAGCAUAACCUUUCUACUGAAUAUAGCCCUUCACAUGAAUCCUUGAUCAUGAAAUAGUCUCUAGCGAAGGAAACAGAUCUUCCUUUUGCUUUCUCUGCUUGUUUGUUCAUUUGUGCCGUGUGAAAUUGAAGGUGAUCUGUCCUAGAAUAUGUCAGUGCAACCCACCGAGUUUACUGGACAGGGUUUACCACUUUAAACUACAGAAGACAUGUUAAAACUCGGCCGUGAAAAUAAUGAUAAAAUUUAUACUUUUAUUCAAGGACUAGAUUGUGUUUAGGACAAAAAAAGUCUUUCCUAUUUAAAAUUCAUACCCUGUAAAUUUUAGUUUGUAUAUUCACAAACCACUUGGACACUUACACUUUUUUGUUUCCUUAUUAUAAACUUCAAAAUCAUUAGUUACUUGAUGUUAAGGGUUCUCCGUUAAAACUGAAAGAAAAAAUUACUUGAGAGAAUAGUUGUUUCAGAAUGGUGCCUGCUGUUGCGUCAAUGGAGGACUUGUCCGGAGUUUUACAUCUAAACCGGUAUUUGAUGGAGUUUCGUUCACCCACUGGUGGUCUAUCCUGGCUGAAAUUGAGUACAUCAGAUUUCACAUAGGUGCGGAAUUCUAUGUAACACUGUGAAAUGUAAUCUUAACUGCCCUCAAGUACCUUAUUAAACUCUUCCUCUGAA